AUGCGGCCCAACGGACGAGAAAAUCUGCGGGAAAAGCUCUGGUCGGUACUCUGUCGCAGAGGACAGGGCAGAGACUGUCCGGAUGUGUGGAUGUGCACUGACAUUUCAGAGCGUUGGAGUUCUGCAUCGCCCAAUGCUCUGGACAGUUUGGACGGCAAGGAAUGGUUGAAGGUGGCCGAGGUUGAUAGAAACACAAUAGGCAUCGUGCCGGGUCUCGCUAGGCUAGAUGACCAAAGUGUGAAGUGUUUCUCCAAUCAAUUCGCAACAUUCGUGCCGGAGAAACAGUUCAGGCAGCCCAGCGUAGACGGCGUUGCAGUUGAUAGCCACAUGGCUAGCAUCUCUCGAGUUGUGAUUGGCUCGCCACUUGGACCAUUCCUCGCAAAUGUCUUCAUGGGCAAGGUCGAGGAAACGAAGCUCAAAGACACUAUCAAUGACCUGGACUUCUUUGUUCGAUACGUGGAUGAUAUCUUUUGCCUGACAAAUAAAACCAUUAACUACAUUAACUUCCACAGUUCCGUUCCCCUUAACCUCAAAUGA